AUGUUUCUAAUUUUUACUUUUAUUUUUUUAACAGGAGCAAAAAAAGCACGUGAAGUUGUCUUUUCUGUUCUACAUGAUGCAUGUGUUGAUGGAGAUCUUUCAAUUACUGAAGCUCUUGAUGCAGCUAAAGAUAUUUUUGCGGAAAAUGCAAAACGAUUUUACAAGAUUAAUGUUGCUGUAAAAUCUUUUGAUUCAAAAAACGUCAUAUCUCCCAAUUUUGUGAAGAUAGAGACUAACACCCCGCAAAGAGAUGUCGUGCUUGUUCGCCUUGUUUGGGUUGAUGCUUCUGGACAGCACAGGUGCCGUGUUAUUCCAGAAAAACGCUUCAAAGAUUCCGUUAAGAAAAAUGGUGUUGGUUUAACUGUAGCUUGUAUGGCAAUGAGUUCAGCAACUGAUGGUCCUGCUGUUGGGACUAAUCUGAGUGCAGUGGGUGAGAUCAGACUGAUACCUGAUUUAUCAACCAAAUGCAGAAUUCCAUGGGCAACACAAGAGGAAAUGGUUUUGGCUGAUAUGUAUCUUAAACCUGGCGAAGCAUGGGAAUAUUGCCCAAAAGAAGCUUUACGCAGAGUUUCCAAAGUUUUGAAAGAUGAAUUUAACUUGGUAAUGAACGCAGGAUUUGAAAUUGAGUUUUUCCUCUUAAAGAGUGUGCUAAGGGAGGGGAAAGAGGAAUGGGUACCUUUUGACACUACACCAUACUGCUCUACGUCCUCAUUUGAUGCUGCUUCUCCUUUACUUCAUGAAGUUGUAGCUGCUCUCGAGUCCUUGAAUAUUACAGUGGAACAGCUACAUGCAGAAGCAGGGAAAGGUCAGUUUGAAUUGGCACUGGGGUACACAGAGUGUACUGUUGCUGCUAACAACUUGAUAUUCACGCGCGAAGUUAUCAGGGCUGUUGCAAGGAAAUAUGGAUUGUUGGCUACUUUUGUGCCAAAGUACGCACUUGAUGACAUUGGCUCUGGAUCGCAUGUGCACGUAAGUUUAUGGGACAAUGGAAAAAACGUUUUUAUGGCAUAUGGUGGAUCUUCUCAUUAUGGAAUGUCCAAAGUUGGGGAGGAGUUCAUGGCAGGGGUUUUAAACCAUCUUCCUUCAAUUUUGGCAUUUACAGCACCAAUUCCAAAUAGUUAUGAUCGCAUACAACCCAAUACUUGGAGUGGAGCAUACAAGUGUUGGGGAAAAGAAAACAGAGAGGCUCCAUUGAGAACGGCAUGCCCACCUGGAGUUAUGGAUGAUGUUGUGAGCAACUUUGAGAUUAAAGCAUUUGAUGGGUGUGCAAAUCCAUACUUGGGCCUGGCUGCUGUAAUUGCUGCAGGAAUUGAUGGCCUUCGGGGACAUCUUAAUCUGCCUGACCCCAUUGGUAAGACUGCAUAA